AUGAUCGAUAUAGACGAAGGAUUUUUCAAAGCACCAUCACUUUCUACAGCUGGUGCAAUUAGUGUCCGAAAUGCUAAAGGACAAUUAGUUACACAAAAAGUCAAAGUUCAUCGCUAUGUUGCUGGAAAACGACCGGAUUAUGCUGAUGCUUUACAUGCUAGUGAUGACGAAGAAGAAGAAGAAGAAAUAGAAAAAUUCGAACAAGAACAAACAAAAACAUCUACAAUUAAUCGUAUAGAACAAGAAGAUCGUCGUAUUCGUCGUUUACAAGGACGAGAUGAAAUUCGUGAUGAUGAACGAAUUAAUCGACAUCGAAGUAUCAUAGAACCAGAAGUUAUAGAACAAAGUUCAGAAGAAGAGGAAGAAGCAGAAGAUGAAGAAGAACCAGAAAAAAUGGAUGCUGAUGAUAAUAUAACAGUUAAUAGAGUUAAAAUGGAUAUUGAAUCAUCUGAUGAUGAUGAAGAACUUGAUGAAGAAGAAAUUGAACGACGUCGACAAAGAUUACGUAUGAAAGCAAAAGAAAAAGAAGAAGAAUUACUUCAAAUUGAAGAUGAAAAAGAACCAGAACAAGAAGAAAUUGAACCAUCCGAAGAAUCAGAAAGUGAAGAAGACGAUGAAGAAGAAGAUGAUGAUGAUGAAGGUGCACCAAGAUUAAAACCUGUUUUUGUUAGAAAAACUGAUCGUCGUACAGUUGCUGAACGUGAAGCUGAAGAAAAACAUCAAUUACAAUUAGAAAUAGAAAAAAAACGUCUAGGUGAUCAACGAAAAGUACAAACACAAAAGAUGGUUGAAGAAGCAAUUCGACAAGAACGAUUAAAAGAAAAAGAAGCCGAUGAUGGUAUUCAAUGUGAUUUUAAUACGGAUGAUGAAGAUGGUGAAGCUGCUUAUGAUGCAUGGAAAUUACGUGAACUUAAACGAUUAAAACGUGAUCGAGAAGAACGUGAUCAACGUGAACGUGAACAACAAGAACUUGAACGUUGGCAUAAUAUGACAGAAGAAGAACGAGAAGCUGAAUUGAAAAAAAAUCCGAAAAUUAUUGCAAAUAAAGUACCAAAAGCAAAAUAUAAAUUUUUACAAAAAUAUUAUCAUCGUGGUGCAUUCUUUAUGGAUAAAGAUGAUAAUAUAUAUAGACGAGAUUAUAGUGCACCAACACUUGAAGAUCAUUUUGAUAAAUCAGUUCUACCAAAAGUAAUGCAAGUGAAAAAUUUUGGUAUGGCUGGACGUACCAAAUAUACACAUUUAGUUGAUCAAGAUACAACAUCAUUUCAAUCACCAUGGGCAUCAGAUAAACAAUCAAAUAAAAAAUUUUAUCAUGAACAUGGUGGCGGUCUUAAACAAGUUUUUGAACGACCUAAACUUAAAAAUACUUCGAAAAAAACUCAUUAA